GGAGAUGGCUGUGCAAGUCUGAGCUGCUGCUCGGCGGGUAUUAGCAGGGAGCUAGCUGCCUGUGUGAGUGUGAGGGGGAGAGCGAGAGCGAAAGCGCAAGGGAGGGAGAGAGAGGCUGUGAGAGGAGAGGAGAGGGAGAGGGAGAGGGGGAGCGAGCGCUCCAGCUAGCAUGAGGACGGGCUUCUCUUUCCCUGCUCAGUUAAUCUGGCUGUCAGUUGGUGUUAACGCUGCAGUUCAAGUGCGUGGAUUCCAAGGGAAACAGACAAACCUCACAGAAGGAAGGAAGCAAGCAAGGAAGGCAGGAACUGCAGGAGGAAAGGGACAGCAGAACAGCGAGAGGAAUAAAGGGAAGGGGGGGGAAACACCAAAUCUAUGAUUGGACCUGGGCUUCUUUCUCGCCAAUGCAAAAAGGAAUAUGCAGCACAUUUUUGCCUUCUUCUGCACCGGUUUCCUAGGCGCGGUAGUAGGUGCCAAUUUCCCCAACAAUAUCCAGAUCGGGGGAUUAUUUCCAAACCAGCAAUCACAGGAACAUGCCGCUUUUAGAUUUGCUUUGUCACAACUCACAGAGCCCCCAAAGCUGCUUCCCCAGAUUGAUAUUGUGAACAUCAGUGACAGCUUUGAGAUGACCUAUAGAUUCUGUUCUCAGUUCUCCAAAGGAGUCUAUGCCAUCUUUGGGUUUUAUGAACGGAGGACUGUCAACAUGCUGACCUCCUUCUGUGGGGCCCUUCACGUCUGCUUCAUUACGCCCAGCUUUCCUGUUGACACAUCCAAUCAGUUUGUCCUUCAGCUGCGCCCUGAACUGCAGGAUGCCCUCAUCAGCAUCAUUGACCAUUACAAGUGGCAGAAAUUUGUCUACAUUUAUGAUGCGGACCGGGGCUUGUCGGUCCUGCAGAAAGUCCUGGACACAGCGGCUGAGAAGAACUGGCAGGUGACAGCAGUCAACAUUUUGACCACCACAGAGGAGGGCUACCGGAUGCUCUUUCAAGACCUGGAGAAGAAAAAGGAGCGGCUGGUGGUGGUGGACUGUGAAUCAGAACGCCUCAAUGCCAUCUUGGGCCAGAUUAUAAAGCUGGAGAAGAAUGGCAUCGGCUAUCACUACAUCCUUGCAAAUCUGGGCUUCAUGGACAUCGACUUAAACAAAUUCAAGGAGAGUGGGGCAAACGUGACAGGUUUCCAGUUGGUGAACUACACAGAUACCAUCCCAGCCAAGAUUAUGCAGCAGUGGAAGAACAGCGAUGCUCGAGACCACACCCGGGUGGACUGGAAGAGACCCAAGUACACCUCUGCGCUCACCUAUGAUGGGGUGAAGGUGAUGGCUGAGGCUUUCCAGAGCCUGCGGAGGCAGAGGAUUGACAUAUCCCGCCGGGGGAAUGCUGGGGACUGUCUGGCUAACCCAGCUGUGCCCUGGGGUCAGGGCAUUGACAUCCAGAGAGCCCUGCAACAGGUGCGGUUUGAAGGUUUGACAGGAAAUGUGCAGUUCAACGAGAAAGGUCGCCGGACCAACUACACCCUCCAUGUGAUUGAAAUGAAACAUGAUGGAAUCCGAAAGAUUGGUUACUGGAAUGAAGAUGAUAAGUUUGUCCCUGCAGCCACGGAUGCUCAAGCUGGGGGUGAUAAUUCAAGUGUUCAGAAUAGAACCUACAUCGUCACUACAAUCCUAGAAGACCCUUAUGUGAUGCUCAAGAAGAAUGCCAACCAGUUUGAGGGCAAUGACCGCUACGAGGGCUACUGUGUAGAACUGGCAGCAGAGAUUGCCAAGCAUGUGGGCUACUCUUAUCGUCUUGAGAUCGUCAGUGACGGGAAAUAUGGAGCUCGAGAUCCUGAUACAAAGGCCUGGAAUGGAAUGGUGGGAGAGCUAGUCUAUGGAAGAGCAGACGUGGCAGUGGCACCCUUAACUAUCACCCUGGUCCGGGAAGAGGUUAUAGACUUCUCCAAGCCAUUUAUGAGUUUGGGAAUCUCCAUCAUGAUCAAAAAACCACAAAAGUCCAAGCCGGGAGUCUUCUCCUUCCUUGAUCCUUUGGCUUACGAGAUUUGGAUGUGCAUUGUUUUUGCCUACAUCGGAGUGAGUGUCGUCCUCUUCCUGGUCAGCCGCUUCAGCCCCUAUGAAUGGCACAGUGAAGAGUUUGAGGAAGGGCGUGACCAGACAACCAGUGACCAGUCCAAUGAGUUUGGAAUAUUCAACAGCUUGUGGUUCUCCCUUGGAGCCUUCAUGCAGCAAGGCUGUGACAUUUCUCCCAGGUCUCUGUCUGGCCGCAUCGUCGGUGGCGUCUGGUGGUUCUUCACCUUGAUCAUCAUCUCCUCCUACACAGCCAACCUGGCUGCCUUCCUCACCGUGGAGAGAAUGGUAUCUCCCAUUGAGAGUGCAGAGGACUUAGCCAAGCAGACAGAAAUUGCUUAUGGGACGCUGGAAGCAGGAUCUACUAAGGAGUUCUUCAGGAGGUCAAAAAUUGCUGUGUUUGAGAAGAUGUGGACAUACAUGAAGUCAGCGGAACCAUCCGUUUUUGUACGGACCACAGAGGAGGGGAUGAUACGAGUGAGGAAAUCCAAAGGCAAAUACGCCUAUCUCCUCGAGUCCACCAUGAAUGAGUACAUUGAGCAGAGGAAACCCUGUGACACUAUGAAGGUGGGAGGUAACUUGGAUUCCAAAGGCUAUGGCAUUGCAACACCCAAGGGGUCCGCCCUGAGAAAUCCAGUAAACCUGGCAGUGUUAAAACUGAACGAGCAGGGGCUUUUGGACAAAUUGAAAAACAAAUGGUGGUACGACAAGGGCGAGUGCGGCAGCGGGGGAGGUGAUUCCAAGGACAAGACAAGUGCCCUCAGCCUCAGCAAUGUGGCAGGCGUGUUCUACAUCCUGAUUGGAGGACUUGGACUAGCCAUGCUGGUUGCCUUAAUCGAGUUCUGCUACAAAUCCCGUAGCGAGUCCAAGCGGAUGAAGGGUUUCUGUUUGAUCCCACAGCAAUCCAUCAACGAAGCCAUACGGACAUCCACUCUACCACGAAACAGCGGGGCAGGAGCCAGCGGCAGCGGCAGUGGAGAGAACGGCCGGGUGGUCAGCCAUGACUUCCCUAAGUCCAUGCAAUCAAUUCCCUGCAUGAGCCACAGUUCAGGGAUGCCCUUAGGAGCUACGGGAUUGUAACUGGAGCAGAUGGAGACCCCUUGGGGAGCAGGCUCGGGCUCCCCCAGCCCCAUCCCAAACCCUUCAGUGCCAAAAACAACAACAAAAUGAAACAACCGCCACCAACCACCACAACCACAAGGAGGAUGAUUCAACAGAUUUUCCUGAAAAAAUGAAAAUGGUUUUGCUGUCCCUUUUCUUUUUUGAUGUUCUCUCACUCUUUUCCAUUUGCUAGGUGAGGAUGCUAAGUACCCUGUACUGCAAUAAGGGGAGAAUAACCCUGUCUAAUGAAGCCUGUGCCUCUGCAAAUGGAGUCACUGGAACACUAAUGAGGAAACUGGACUGUUUUCUUUCAAUUCAGGUGUUAAUGUGUCUUAGUGUGUGAAUUUUUUUUUUCUUACUAAUAUCCAUGGGUUGCAGUUCUGUUAGCCCCUUCUUUCUCCUGAUUUCUAAUUUCCAAUUCCCUCCCCUAUCCCUCUUCAGUUGUCAUAUUGGAAAUUCAAGAUUCAUUCCACCUUACAAGCAAGCAAAAGGAAAAAAAGUAACCUUGAAACUAAUUUGCCAUGGGAGCUCUCCAUGUUACCUCCACUCUUUGGCCCCAAGCCUUGGAUGGAGACACUGUUGGAGGAAAAGGCUACCUUCCUCUGAUAAGGCACCGCCUAAACACUAACGUAGCAAAGAACACCUGCUAAAAGCAAUUCAGAGUCAGUGUGGUGGAGAGGAAAAUGGCAGAUGAGCAGAGGAGGACUGAUGAAGGUACUGCUGCUCAGAAAAUCUUAAAGCGUAAGAGUCAUUCCAUAGGCCACAGGUGGUACGGUGUAUUUCUUCACAGAGUCAACCUCAGCCCUGAGAAUUAUGUCCUUCUGCUAUUCUCAGGCUCAAAGGCACUCUGGUGGCUAAAGGGCAAUUAACCUGCUGAACUAAGAAGAGCCUUGGGAAGAGUGGACAGCCAGGGAGAAAGCCCCCAUGAUUCUUACUUUUCCUUUGCUUGACAUCUGAGCAAGAACCCCCAUGUGGAAUAGACUCUUUCUUUGUGGAGCCUCUGACAUGGGGGGAAAUGCUAUGCAAGCUCAGUGCAACAAACAAAAGUGAUGGAAGAAUUUUGGAAGAGGAAGCCUUAUCAAAGCCCACAUGCAAUAGAGCUUUCCACGGUGCCCUGCCCUAGGUUUGAGAGACUAAAUAUGAAGUUUAGGUUAUGCUGAGAACUUGAGUUUUCACGUUAAUAUUGAGUGUUAUUUCAGCAUGUGGCCAGACAACAUUCUAUCAUCUUUAGAAAGAAACAUAACCAAGGCUGAAAUAUUUGAAGAAUGAUAGGGAGACAGAUUCUGGUGAUAAUGACACUGGAGGACCUUAAGAUCCCUGAUCCCAACUUCUGAACCUAAGAAGCUAACUUUCCCCAUGGCUAAGGUAGAAUGAAGACAUUGUAUUCCAAUGACCAGAAUCAAUAAGCCCAUAUUUGUGACUGCAAAACUGAACUAAAGCCAGAUUGGAGAAGCAAAAGGUUCACAGAGAGAAGCCCAGGCAGGUGGCAACUUUGGUUAGAAGUGGGAGUUCCUGGCCCAUAGCUUUCUUGGAGAUCCCAACUCUCAUUCUUGGUGCAAUUGGCUUCCAGCUGUCCAGCAGCCAUUCUCUUAGGUGCAUGAUUCAGUGUGUGCCAUGUGUCAUUAGCUCUUAUUGAUAACCAUCUCUGGCUUGUCCCUUUACCCCCUACUUCUUUCCAGUCUUCUCUGCUAGUGGUCAUCAUUAGCAAUUGACAAAUUCAAGGUUUUGGAGCCUACCUGGUGGUAGGUGCAGCAUGAUUGGCUUCAUCUGUGAAUUCUCAGUGGACACCCACCAUCUCUUUGUCUCUCCCAUUUUCUUUUCAUCACCAUAGAAAGAACCUUUCCAAACUACAACCCUUCCAACUCAAGUGUUCAGUUUCUCAAGUUUCAAUAUGGGCAUGGUACGUGAAAGCAGAACCCUCCAGGUGGAUCAUCACUUUUUACUACUGCCAACUGAUGCCCUACCAGACCCGCUACCCUCACACCAGGUUAUUCUCAGCCCUUAGCCUACCACCAUAGAAUCUGACAGGACUCUCCAUUAAGCUGUCUGCACUCCAGAAGAGUUGGAAAUAACCCUCUACCAUCAACAUGCUUCAAAGACCUUUGGCCUGGUUAAGAUGCCUCUCCAGCUGCUGAGCCCACCAGUAACAUACUCUGAUAGGGAGAGACUGUCCUGGAAACGAGGGUCUGUGCCAUGUGGGGGUCCAAAACUCCAAAAGAAGAUAUUUUUCAUCAAUAGAGGGAUGAAUGGAAAAAACAAAAGCAAGAAAAAGUUAACUUGUAUUAUGUAUUUUUACUACACUUUUCUUAAAAAAUAGAGCAUUGGGAAAACUCUGAAAGAGAUUGACAUUUUUCUCAACAGGAAUCCAUACUUAACAGUUCUGGCUUUCAUUAAAUUUUGCUCUUUGGUACCUGGGCCUUUUAUUUAACAUCUAUAUUUGUUUUAACUUUCUUGGCAGAUGUGUGAAAGGAUUCUUGCUUGAUCAAACACUAAAUAUUUUUUGGUUACUGUCUUUCAUUCAAAUAGCCAGGUUUUUUUUUUGGUAUUUGCAUAAAAUGAAAAUAUCACCGAGAAUUAAAUCACUGUGGAUCCAUUAUCUACUUUUCAUAUUUGUCCAUUCCAUUCUUUUGCCAUUUCUGAAAUUGGGACUAUAGAUCUUUUAUUUCCUUAUGCUGAGCCUAAGACUAGUAGGUUUUUAAUAGUGACCACUGUGCCUAAUGCAUGAAUAACUCUCAAGUUAUUUCCACUGAACUAGAACAUUUGUGAAUCAUUCAUCCAAAUAAGAUAACAGCAACAACAAAAGACAGAGAGUAGUAUAUUUGGCUUUUAAGGACCACAAUUUCAACUGCAUGAAAAGCAAGAUUUGACGUGCAGCCAUGAUAGUGUCUCUAGGGAUCUGUAUGAUUCAUAGGUAAUGUCUCCCAGACAUCCCCAAACAGAAGUCCACAUAUAACUGUGAUAUGCACAGAAUCAUGGCCAGAACUAAAUCUAGACCAGCCUUGUAAGCAGAUAACCUUGGUCCUCAGACUCACAGCCCUCAGUCUUACCUAAAAGCUUAUCUUUGUCUCAAGCAAGAUGGGCUUUCUGGAAAGGAUCAGACACUUGUCGAAACUUACAUGCUGAAGACUAAGAACUUCAAGUAUUUUAUUUUCUAAGGAACUUUGCACAUUACCAACUACCAGAUAAUAUCCUUUAUUCAUUUUUUACCUAACUGUAGUGAUUACUGUGAUAGAAAUGGAAGAGAGAGAGAGGAACUCGCAUGCUAGUAUGGAGCUCUAGUCAUUAUUCACACCCAGCUGCAGGCAUCUGGCCACAUUGAGGGUGGUUCUGGAUGAACAACCACCAAACAUCAGCUAAAGGACAAGGAAAACUUAUCUCUGUCACCUUACUGCCUAAUAGUUUGCAUAAUAAACAAUGGCUAAAAUAGCAUAGGCUACCAUGCACUGAGUACAUACUAUGUUAAUAAUAUCUUAUAUUUUCUGUAUCACAAUAAUGAUUCUCAAAGUAGGACCUUACAGAUGAGGGAUCUGAGACUUAAAAAUAUGACAUAACUUGCUGACAGCUGUGUCAGAGCUGGAAUUUCAAUGACAUGUAUCUGAAUCCAAAGCCUUUGUAUCUCUAACUGCCCAUCUCAUUGUUAACUGGGUCAUGAUGAAUGAUGGCCAGGAAAAUACCAGGUGAACAGUAUUCUACCUACCUUUCAUGCCAAAAUAAUGGAAAAUGGAAUGGUUAUGGCUACAGCUACCACUCACUGAGGAAAUCUUGCCCAUCCUCUUAGCACAGGAAGAUAUAUCACUGAUCCAGACAGAACUGCAAAGGAAGGAGGGGAGGGGUCCCAGUUUUAGCACCUUUAAAAUACAUGUAGGUAAUGAAGCCACUAGCAAACUGGGGACAGGACUGAAAACCAGGUCCCAUGAAGAAGAGUUGAUUCAGACUGCAGAAGGAUCAUUAAGGCCAUCAUAGAAGAAACAAAGCUAUCUUCUUCUGUGUGAGCAAAUCCAGGAUCAGUUCUGGGAGUUACUAGGAAACAGAUUUAAGUUGAACUAGUGGUCAGUCAUCUCAUAAUAGAAUUAGAUUGUCCCUGGAGUUAGGCUAAGAACCUGCCAAGGAGAUAUUGCUAGUGUGAAAAGCAAAUACAUAUCUUUUGAUUUUCCUUCCUGCCCAGAUUACUAGAAUUUCUAAGACUUUUAAUCUGAUGUCCUCUGAACCAAGCAGCAGGGAGUAAAGAAGUUAAGGUCAGCUGAUGUCUUCUCUUGAAUCUUUCAUAUCCCUAUUUUUCAUGUUCUCUGACAAGCACUAAAAUUUGGUAUCAAGGCCCUGUGCAAAUGGACAUGGAUAUAUUGCAGGGAAAUAAUGUCAAAAAUCAACUGAUUUAAUAAAAGACAAUAUGCCAAGUUUUUUCCUUACAAAAGGCUCAUAUGUUCUCUAGGAAAGAAUUUCUAUCCCACUCUGCAGAUAAAACAAAUAGGGUUUUUUUUUAAUCAGAAAGCUUUUUUAAAAAUAUAUUCCAUUGUUUCUUUUUAAAUUUUAUUUAAGUUAUAUAAGUUUCAUGUAUUUCUUAUAUACAGCUUUAGGAACAUAGUGAUACUUCCCUCCCUCCCAUCUACACUCUACACCUUCCUCCUCCCUCUCCCAUUCCCACUCUUAAUUUUUACAAAGAUCUACUUUCAGUUUGCUUAAUAAUCAUAAGAUUAACUGUACACUAAGUAAGAGUUCAACAAACAGUAUGAAGAAAAAAAACCAUUGUUCUUCAACAGAAGACAUAAACAAUUGUAAGCAAUCAUCAAAUCUCAAGAUGCCCGUUUUACUCCAACACAUUACAUUUUAGGUACUCUAUUAGUUACCCCUGAUCAGGGAAAUCAUACAUGAUAUCUGUCUUUGGGGACUGGAUUAUUUCACUAACUAUAAUGGUUCCCAGCUGCAUAUACUCUGUUGCAAAAUAUAGGAUUUUAACAAAUAGGAUUCUUGAAGAAACUAUUUUCCUAAAGUCACACAAAAGCAGAGAAGCAAUAGAAUAAAGAGUAGUGGAGUAGGCUUUACAAAAGCUGGCUUCUCCUUCCAGCUCUGCCUUUCAAGCUUGGACAAAAAAAUGAAGUACCCUGAACCUUGGUUUACUCACCAAAGAAAUGUGACAUCUAGAUUCAAAAUCAGCAUCAAUUCUCAAGCCUGACUACAUAUUAAAAUCACCUAAGAAAGUCUUUUGUUUUUUUAUAUCAUCAGUGUCCAGGAUAUAACUUCAGGUUUUGCUGGUCUGAGAUGAAGCACAGCAAUAGUUAGAAAUUGUUGUGUUGUUUUGGUUGUUUUGUUUUAAACUUCCAGGCAAUUGUAAUGUGCAGGCAGGUUUGAGAACUACUUAUGGAAACAUCUUUAAGAAUUACAAAGCACUCCAUUAGGAGUAUCUGUCAAUGGCAGAACAUCUGAAACUAGGUUACCUGGUGACAGUCUAUAUUUUCAGCAUGCUUUUUCCUUCCUUUUACAUUAGGCACAUCCUGUAUCAUAAGAAAGUCUGUGGAACAGAGACUGAAAGCUGACCAGUACUGGACCCCUGAACAGUAUCUCACGAUGGCCUAUCCAGAAAUCUCAAUGAUUAGGAAAUUUAGCUGCACAAGAUAACCUAGGAUAUCAAAUCUCCAAAGGAAAAAAGUCAUUAGAAUCAUCUGAUAAAAAAAGAAAGGAAGAAGUAGUCCAGUCCCAAGUUGAGCUCUAAAUGCUUCUUUAUCUUUUAGGUGUGUUUAUAAUAAUGUACCAUUCUUCUGGGGAAAAGGAGAGACACAGGACUUUAGAGAUAAGAUACUUAUCAUAGAGGUGCCUCCUCAGCAAAGUGGGAGGGCCAACUUUGCCAAAUGAGUCAGCCUUCAACACAGCCAAAGUGGAAAACUACUUGGCUGUUUCCAUUAUAGACACCAAAUCUCACCACUUGCAUUUCUAAUACAGUCCACUGGAAGACACGUCCCAGGAGCCUUUCCUUCCAUGGUUACUCUAUUACUCACAGUGACUCUAACUCCUCCCUGUCGAUACUAUAUUUGCUACUUGCAUGAUAUAUACCAAGGAACAGGAACCAGCAUUUGCUCAGUAUUAACUGCAAACCUGGAAGGAUGCUAGGGUUUCAAAUGCCUCUUAUUUAGUCCUCAAAAUCAUACUAUGGGGUGGGGAUUUUUCAUCUUCAUAGAGGGAAAUGGAAGGUGAAAAUCCAAGGUCCUGCAACUAAGUAGCGGCUCGACCUAUAUUCUAACCCCAGUCUGUCUCUCUGUCCAAAGUAAACCAAUUUCCACUUUGCCGCCUCUUGAAGCGAUUUCACCAUGCCAAAGAAAGCAUCACAUUGAGAUCUAGAAGACAUGAAUUCUAUUUCUUGAACUGCUGCUAAUUUCCUUUGUGACCUUGGGCAACUUACUUCACUACCCUGUGCUAUGAUGUCCUCUGUGAAGUGAGGAAGAAGGAUAAAUCUAACAAUUACUAAGAUCCCUUUUAAGUGCAGCUUUUUUUUAUUAGUGAUUCUCCACUAGUGGUAAUUUUGUCCCCAGGAGACACUUGGAAAUAUCUGGCGAUAUUUUGGAUUUUCACAAUUUGGGGAAGUGGAUAUCCCAGGCAUUUACUAGACAGACAUAAUGAUGCUUCUAAUCACUCUACAAUAUACAAGGAAGCUUCCUACAACAAAGAAUUGUCUCAUCCAAGAUUUCAAUAGUGCUAAGGUUGAGAAGCCAUGUAUGGUAUAAUAAAAAGAUCCUAAGAGCAUGUUGAGAUGUGAAUGAUGACAAGAAAUGGAUAAGUAGUAAAGAGUCAAUGAUGGCAAAUCAAGUGAACCAUCAGAGAAGAUCAACAGUUACAUGGAUUUAGGCAAGGAAAAACUUGAGUUUAGGGAAGUAAGCUGAUAUAAACAGUUUAGUCCAGAACAUAAAUUAGGCCAGAGAAGCCAAGGCUGAGGAUUCAAUCAAGCAAUCACGGUUAAUAUGGCAAGGGGACAUCAGAGACUUGGCUUGAACAUGCAGUUUGUGUUCACUUUUUUCCUGGUAACUCCAGCCAGAACCAGUUCAGAAACCUAUGACUGAGCCCUACCCUCCACCAAGAGACAGGAUAUGAUUCAUUUUAUGCCAGAACAAUAUGCACUUAUCCUUCUAAAAAACACAGAUAAUGAGCACCCUCAUUCACAGGUACAGAGCAUAAAGAAUAAGAGAAAAGCAAUAGCCCUGCCUCUCCAAGAGAUGACAGUCAGGAAGGGAAAAAAGAUGCAAAAAAUCUUUAAGUAGAACACAAGUUCAAAAGUAAUAAGUACCAGAUGGGCAAAAGGACAAAGUGCCUGGAUCAUCUUCCACAUGCUCACCACUAGCAUGUUCUAAGAACAGGACUCUGCCCAUGACAAAUAGUCAUGAUAUGAUAAGGACAUGACAAGACAAUUCAGACCCGCUGCCCUUGAUCACCAUUUUCCAUACUGUUCCUCAAACAGGCCAAACCUAUCCAUACCUUACGGCCCUUGCACCUGCUGUUUCCUUGACUUCAAUCAGAUCUUUUUGAGAGUGGCUCCUCAUCAUCCAUAUCUUAAUCAAAAAUGUCUUCCCCUAGGUGGGUAUUGAGACACACAUUAAGCCAUAAUUUUGAAUGCCCACACCCCAUAUCAGAGUUCUGGUUCAAGUCCUUGUUACUUAAUUCCAUUCUAGCUUCCUGCUAAUGCAUCCUAGGAGGUAGCAAAUGAUAGCUCAAGUACUUGGGUUUCUGACACCAGUGUUGGGGAUCCAGAUGAAGUUCCAGGCUCAGGACUUUGGCCUCACCCAGGCCUAGCUAUUGUGGACAGUUAGAGAGUAAACUGAUAGAUGGAAGAAAUCUCCCCACCCCUUUUAGCAGAUGAAAUGAAAUAAAUGUGUUUUAAACAUCCUCCCCCAAAUAUUUUCUCUCCACCCUAUCUAAACUAGCUCUGAAAUCAUUUAUUCUCACAUUACUUAUCACCAACUAAUAAUAUCGUGUUUACUAUUGUCUGUCUCUCUGUCUCCAUCUACAAUACUCAUUCACAAGACCAGGGACCUUGUCUGCCCCAACAAGAUGCCUGGCACAAAAUAAAUAAUCAGUUUGUUGAAUCACUGGAUGAAUGAGACAAGUAAACUUCAAAUGGUAGUGGUAUCUAAAAGAGGCAGAGAUCAUUUCUGCAUGGAGAAAUGAGGUAAAUGGGUGAUGGUACUUGUGUUUUGCCUUGCAGGUUUCAUAGACCUUAUAGUGUCAGAAAUAGAAGAUAAAGCUUCCAAAGAAGGGUAAACAGGACAAGCCAGGGAAUUAGGGCAGGAAUAGGCAAGAUUUCUUUGAGAGAGAACAAAUACCCAAUGUCAGUGGUACCACGUUAGCCAAAGAGGAGUAUGAAAGAGAAACCAAAGUAGGCAGGGGGAACUGAAAUUGACUCCAUCAAGAAAUAAAGUGCUGUUGAGAGUUUUUGAGCUAAGGAAUAAAUCCAUGUGUCAGAUAAUGAGUUUUGCAAUAAAUUAAGACACUUUCCUCAGCUCCUCUCAUUGAAUGCUCACAGUAGCAACCCUGGGAGGUGGGAUUACCAUUCUAGUUUCAUACAUGAACAGAGGCUCAGAGGUGCAAGCAGAAAUUUAACUAUCUAGAUUUCAUGUAAUUCCUACAACACUACGAUUGUAAUAACAGAUCAUGAUGCCACUGUCCCUGUGAUGGUUUCUGGCAAGAAGGUCCAGAAGGACACUACCAUGGUAGGGAACAUCUACCACCUGUGAAUGGUGCUUGUCUGGACAUGCAAGGAAGUCAUCAGACAGAACCAGUGAGCUCCAGGCACCACCAGGGCGCUACCAAAGAUACUGCGACAGAAGGAUUCCGAGCCCAGUCUAUACUGGACCACGAGGGAUUCAUAAACAAAAUCAUGAGCACAAGAUGAGGAAGGGCAACUUCUCUGAAACAUAUUCAGCAUCCUUACUGCAGAACAUUCUCUCAUGUUCCUGAAAGACUAUAGGCUUGGUGAGUAGUAAUAUUUGUGCCACAUCACAGGGGCUUCUUGAAUGUAUGUAAAGAUCUUGCCAGCGCCACAGCUCAAUAGGCUAAUCCUCCACCUUGCGGCUCUGGCACACCAGGUUCUAGUCCCGGUCGGGGCGCCGGAUUCUGUCCCGGUUGCCCCUCUUCCAGGCCAGCUCUCUGCUGUGGCCUGGGAAGGCAGUGGAGGAUGGCCCAAGUGCUUGGGCCCUGCACCCCAUGGGAGACCAGGAGAAGCACCUGGCUCCUGCCUUCCGAUCAGCGCGGUGCGCCGGCCGCGAUGCGCCGGCCACGGCGGCCAUUGGAGGGUGAACCAAUGGCAAAGGAAGACCUUUCUCUCUGUCUCUCUCUCUCUCUGUCCACUCUGCCUCUAAAAAAAAAAAAUCUUACAUAUAUGUGUUUGAAUUUUUGCCAGAGUUAGGUUUCUAUUACCAACAGAAAAUAGAAUCAGUACAUAAAUAUCAAGCUGCAAUAACCAUGUGGUAGAAUAAUUAAUAGGUAUAAGAAUUACUACUGCCCCCUGUUGAGCAUCUGCACUGUGCUGGACAUUUUACAUCCAUUAUCUGAUUCCAUGCUCACAGUGUCUUUGGGAAGAAACAGCAGCAUUUCCACUGCAUGAAGAUUUUAAAUAAAUGAAUGAGAUUCAGAAAAGAACAUAAAGUUUGAAGAGACCACAGAAAUCACCCAAUCAUUUUAUUCAAUGAUAUUUCAUAAAUAAAUUGAGGCCCUAGAGAAUAGGCCAUUUGCCUUGGGUCUACUAAGUUCCUUGUUAAACUAAGACUUGAUUCUCAUCUGCUCUCCUGGUUCAAAGUACAGGGUAUACUGCAGAGAUGUCUUCUUAUAUUCAAACAAUCCUAAAACUCCACUCUGGCUUCUUUUGAAGUCCUGUACAGCUAGUUAAAUGUACUUGGAUAAACUGGGCCAUGAUCUGGAUAAGGUGUUUGAGAGAGUCCUCUGAAAACUGUAUUUAGGACUCGUCUCAAAUCUAAAUACAGUAGGCAAAUGCCUAGGUGGUAGCACUUCAGCAUCAGGAUCAGAAUUCCCACAACCAAAAAACGUUUCCUUGUUGUUUACUGUUUCCUCAACAUCUCUUAGCCAAGACAAUGCCUUUUAGUCCACAAUCUUUGUCAAGUGGCUUUGUAAAUGCCACUGUAAGCUAAAAAAAUAUCUGACAAAGUCAAACUGGGCUUACAUGCUUGUUACAAGGUGUUCUCUUGAUAAUAGAUUUUGAUAAAUGCAUAAUAGUGAAGAGGCACUUGAAGGAUAGAAUAGGUGCACAGAGAGAUAAGCCGAGAGCUCAGGAGGAAAAAUAAGAAGCUGUCGAAGGCAAAGCCACUAUUUUACAGUUAGGAAGUCCUUGUUUCCACAUACAAAGUAGUUGUGAAAACAACAGAAAUUGAUAAUUCAGUAGUGAGGCCUAAGAUUAGACGUACACAGAGUUCUAACUAGAAGAUUAAGCAGUUAUCUAAACAAUUCCAGGAAGACAAGACCUUUUUUAAAGAUUUAUUUAUUUAUUUGAAAGUCAGAGUUACAAAGAUAGAGAGAGAGAGAUCUUCCAUCCGCUGGUUCAUUCCCCAAAUGGCACAACAGCCAGGGCUGGGCCAGGCAGAGGCCAGGAGCCAGGAGCAUCUUCCAUGUAUCCCACAUGGGUAGCAGAGGCCCAAGUACUUGAGCCAUCUUCCAUUGCUUUUCCCAGGCCACUAGCAGGGAACUGGAUUAGAAGUGAAGCAGCCAGGACAUGAACCAGCUCCCAUAUGGGACGCUGGCAUAGCAGAUUCUGUUUCACUCACUAUGCUACAAUGCUGGCAGAAGGGGGUAUUUUAUAUAAAAUCAAAUUUUAAUUAUGUAGGAAUUUUAGACAGGUAAAAUAGCUCAUUAUUCCUCUUUUCCAUCUUUCCUAGAAAGCUGGUCACUAAAAAUCAUUUAGAUUUUUCUUUCAAAAAAAAAUGUUGUGACAGAGAGAUUUUGUCUUCACGUACAAACUCAUUUAAUGAAGAAAAAAGAAGCUAUUAAUUUAAUUUCAGUAAUCAUCUUAAUGAACUAGUUAGAAGCCAUUUAGUAAUGACAUAGAAACUAACUUCUCAGACAUUGGAAAAACAGAAAACAAUGCCCUACUGGUAGGAAAUAAACAGCAUGCCAUCCCUUCUUUUGGGAAGCUGUUCCUACUAAUCAUGAUCCUGGUUGUACUGUCAAUCUUAGUCCCUCCCCUUCCCCAGCCCACACUCCUAGCCCAGCGAAUUAUAGUGCCUUUUUGCCCUGACCAUACCAUUGGGCUACAUGUAAUCAUGUGACCCAACUUGGGCCAGUUAAAAUCUUUUCCUAGGAUUUUUUUAAAUCUAGAGUUUGAAUGAAAAAGAAGUUAUACUUUUGAGUCUAAGCAAAAAGUUUCCAAGGCUAUCUUUCGAAUCACGCAGAAAAAGUUGUUCUACAGCAAGAGUAGACAAAGCCACUUCACUUAAGCCACAAUGCAUGAUGUGAGGGAUGGGGAAGGAGUCCUGGUGUCAUCUGACUCUAUGGAUACCACUGUUCCAGAGGCCAGUGCUUAACCAAACUUCCCAAGAUGCAAUUUAACCAAACCCCUCUUUUGCUUAUACUGCUUUGAUUUUCACUUCUCACAGCCAAAGGAACUCUGAUCCAUCCAUGAGUGGCCUGCUAUGAACCACAUAACAACAGAUUAAGAAAAAUGAAGUCAAUAUUUGAGGUUUAAUCAGUUGUUUCCACAACUGGCAAAUGGUUUCAAAUUGCUCUGACCAAACUCAGACAUCCUGUCCAAAUUCAUGUGUAUGUAUUUUGACACCAAUGCCACCAUUAUGACUUCUGUCAGCCUCCAUUUCUUCUUCUACCAUCAGGGAAAAGGUGCAUUUCUAUUAACCUGUCUCCUGGCAGGGUUGGGAGUGCUGACUCAAAAAUAACUGGAAGCUCUCUGUAAAGAUUUGAUGUUAAAGAAGCAAUAAAUAAGUCCUCAAAAGGGUUCCUUUCUGCCCAUAAAAUUUUAUUCUCUUCAUUCUCUGGAAAAAGAGUAUAUUAGUAGACAGCUUCUCUCUCCCUCUCUCUCUCACUCUCCCCCCCCCCAUCCCUCCCUCCCUCUCAAUCAUUUCAGGGAAAGAAGAGGCUCUAUCAUUCAUGCAUAUUUGUUUUCUGCAGCAGAGAUUGGACACCUGCAGUUGGUUAUCAAUUUUGCAUUAACUGUGUUGUCUUUGAUGGAAAGAAACCCACUAAAUGCAUAAAUUCAAUGGGAACUUGACAGAAGUUACAACACCUAACUAAGAGAACAUAAAGGAAAAAAAUCACAGAGGCAAAUUAUGCUACAGCACAGAACAGCAAAGACAAGUUGUAGUUUUAUGCUUUCAGAAGUCCUUGAAAACUCUAUACCCUGUUUUGGUUCAUACACAAAAUGCCAAUCAAUAUAUUUGAUUCUUUUACUCAAAGUCACAGUUGCUUUAGAAUAAGAAUUUUUCUUAUUGCCAUAGAAUUCCAUACCUGCUAAGUUUUUCUAUAACUAUUUUCUGUCUUGGUCCUCAGCAUGUCCAGAGUGGUAGAUAAAGUGGAUAUUAUUGUCUCCUUUUUAUAAAUUAAAACCUGAAACUUAGGAAGAUCACAAGAUUUGCCCAGUGUCACACAAGCAGAUGUGGUGAGCUGGGACUGGAACAUGAACGAUCUGCCUCAUGACCUUGGCCCUCUACCAAAUGAGAAUGCAGAUGGCUGCUGAGGCCGUGAUCGAUACACUGUGUGAAGAAGGGGAAGUGAAAGCAUGUCACCUAACUUGAGGAUGCAACUGGCCAAGAGUUAACCCUCCAAACAAAACGGUGGAAAGAAGGAAGCCACUAUUGCUAACAGACAGAGCAAACUAACUGGUGAUCUGACAGAAUGCAUGUUUGUGUUGUCAUUGUUAGAAAUUUACGGAAGUGUGGAAAUUUUUGUUCAUAAGAAGGCCUCAAAGACAAUCCUUCAGAUUGUUGCAAUGGAGCCUUCCAAAAAGCAAUCCCAGAGCCCUUUCAUUUUUCUGAAGGACUUGCAAACAGAGAUGGUAGUGGCCUUUUCCCUAACUGCAUGUAUUCUGUCCUCAGUAUAGAGAGGGAAAAUACUUCUAAAAUAUUCAUCAGAAGAAUGCCAAAUGUCUCCGUUGCCAGGGCACCAGGAGGCCUCAGAUACAGGUGAAUUUCUAUAAGCCAGCCUCUGUUCCUGAUGGAUUACUUGUAGUCUCUCUUUUAAUGCCCCAACAACAGUCUGAAAGGUGGGCAUUGUUAUCCGCAUUUUCAGUUGUGAUGCUCAGAGGUAAACUUCAAACAACACACAACUCCAAGACGGUAGAGCCAAGUUUGAAUUUCAGGGUUAUCCAGGUCUAGACUUCCCUUUCUAUCAAUCAGGUAAAAAAACAAAAGGUUGAAACUUCUUUAGGAAGAAUAGUGAUCAUGUAAACCAGCCCUGGUUCAUUUGUCAGAGAUGUGGGUUGCCAAAGAAAAUCAUGUUUACUUACCAUCCUCUCUUUUCUUCUAUGACCACUAAAGAGAGGGCUGCCGCAGGGCUAGUGUACAAAAUGCUUUCUACAUACGUGGUCUCAUUCUGGCCUCACAGUCACUUUCUGAGGGCACAGGGCAGGCAUUAGUAUGUCCAUUUUACAGAUGAAGAAACAGAGCCUCAGAAAAACUAAACUAAACUAAGGCCUACCCAGGACUUUUAACAAAAGCCCCAUGAAUCUUCCUACUCCCCUAUCUCAAUAAGCCUAGCACAUAUUGAGUUAUCAAUAAAUUAAUUAAUAGUAAAUCAGUCCAUUCAAGGAUUGUACCUCAUAAGGAAUGUGCUUUCAAAUUCUCUACAUGUAGCUCUACCUGUCUGCUUUCCACAGAAAACCAAGACUCAUUAAAUGGUCAUCUCAGCAGCUCUUCCUCCCAUAGCCCUUGAGACAGGUGUCAGUAGCUGCAUUUCCUCUCUACUUGUCCUUCCCUGCCCCCACAAAGCACACUCAGCCCUCCUGUUGAUGUCACUUGAUUUGCUCCUCUCUCAUCUGUCUACCACUUGCUCCUUUGUCUCUGGCUGAUAUUCUGCCGGAGCUCGCACUUCCCGUCGCCUCUGCCUCUGGCAUAGGCAUAAUGAUCCAUCUCUGCCCAUCCCUCUCCCAGAGCAGCCCAGCAGGACCAACAGUGGCAAGAAGCAAACUUAGGAUUCAAGUCAGAAGAUCACAGGCAGGCCAGACUCCCUUCCCCAGUCCCACAGAAAUGACUUCCUGCUGUUCUAAUCUUAUUAUGAAGGUGCAGCUGUGGCUGUGCCAGGCAGGGAAAGAAGAAGAGAGAUCACAGGUAUUCAGGACUCUUAGGAUUAUCAUUUUCUACCUGUUGAGUUAAUCAUGUGCAAUUUCACAGAAUCCUGGACUCUCACAAUUAAGACAGCUUGCGGGCUGUGUAGGAUGGUCACCAUCUAACACAUACCUCUCGCUUGCAUGCUUCCAAGAACACUGGGACUCACCCCUCCUCCAGAUAGCUGGGUUGACACUUAGCCUUCUCUGACUUUUAAAAUGCAUACAUAAACCAGGGACAUUCCCAGCCACUGGUUCUUGGUCCUCCCUCCCAAAUGCUCCCCUUCUUCCUAGAAAUCCGAGGGUAAUUCUCACCUUCUUUCAUUCUGCACCCUUCAAGAGAAACAUCAUGCAUGCAUCAUGUAAUAUGGCUUACUCAUUCCCCAGGGUUAUGUCAAGGAUCAACUAAAGCAAUAUAUGUGUAUAUGCAUGUGUGUGUGUGUAUGUGUGUGUGCAGGCACAUGCAUGUGUACAUGACAAUGGUAAUCAACUGCAGAGUGCCACACUAGUUGUAAGGCAGCAUUAGUUACUGUAAUUUCCAUGGUGUUGGGUUCAUCUUCUUCAUUUUGUUGAUACCCCAGAUUGUCACUUUACCCCAAAAAUAUAGCCCUUAGAAAAUUCAAUAUUAACUCCGAAACCAGUUGAUCAUGGCUGUGGGGUGUAUCUGUCACUAUUGUCUUCAGUGGCUGGAGUUAAUUCAGGAAGAACACAGAGUACUGAGGAAGUGCCAUAUCUUCAUUGGCCUAGAAGUUUUCUUGAGGGAGUAACAACUGGUGACCAGUAAAAGGUCUGAAGACCCGAAUACAGUCCACUGAGUCACAGCUCUCCUCCAAUGCCCUUACAGCAUCAAGUAUGUGGUCCAAAAGAUAUGUGAAUCAUAAAAUACAAGAUCUCAAAGAGAUCUUCAUGUUUGGGGAUGAACUGAAAACAGGACAGCAUAGCAUCUAAAAGUAGUUCCAAUCCUGGCAGUUGGGUAAGAUUUAGCAGCUGAAUCUCACAUAGGAAAUGGAGAUGACAAUACCCACCACCAAAAACUGACCUAAAUGACUCAAAGCAUAUAAAACACCUAAUACAGUGCUCAGCACACUGUAGACCUCAUAUAUAAGUGUUCACUACUGUAACAAAAGGAAGAGUUAAGUGGCUCAGUGUUGCUUUUGGUUCUCAAAAAAGCCAUUUCAUUUUGAAUUAGACAAAAAAAAUUUCCCACACCAUCCAUGUUUUCACUUAUUCUCAACUUGUUCUCAUGCAAAAAAACUAAUGUACAAACAUGACUUAGCUCUUGUUUGUCCAUAUCCCUAUUUCACAAGGAAGGAACUGAGACUCUGGGAAGGAACAGGCCUUAUCUGAUAUCAUAGACCAAGUUGGUGACAAAGACCCUAGAACUUAUACAGUCUUCCCUUGCAUUUGUUUUUGAACUUCAAAAUUCCUGAGGGAAAUCAGGAGAAGAAAGGAAUGUAAUAAAUCUUAGUCGUGACAGUUGAGACAAUUUGAGCUGAUGGCAACGGCUGCUUCUGCAUACAACAGAGAACUGUCCUCAGAGGCUAUCACAUGAUAUUGGGGUUUAGAACAUUUUCUUUCUUCUUGGAACACUCAAGCUGGUAUCGAGGAACAUUAGAAUCAAGCCCUCCAUAUGGUCUCAGUGUCUGGGCCUUGAAUCAAGACCUAAAAUGUGCAAUUCUGUGGCAAAUCCAAAACUAAAAUCUAGAAUUCCUAAGUAUUAUAAUGAAGGUAUUUACCAACCUAAUUGGCUACUCCAGUUUUAUUACUGCAUAAAAAACUGCACCAAAACCUAUUAACAUAUCCAGAUUCUGUGGAUCCAGCAGUGGACAAGGUACAAGAGGAUCAGUGUUUACUUGCUCCAUGAUGUCUGGGAACUCACAUGGGAAGACUAAAAGGCUAAGCAUGAUUCAUAGUCUGGGAGCUACAAUCAUUAGAAGGUUUCUUAAUCCUCCUGUCAAGUAUCUCAAUUGGGAUGACUUGAAGACUAGGUUUUCCACUAAGGGAGGUUACAUGUGUUCUCUCCAUGUGCUUUGGGCUUCCUUACAGUGGUGGUUCUGGAGUACUGGAGUUUCGGGAUCCAACCAUGCAUGUCCCCAUGAAAAAGAUACACUGUUUACAAACCACCCACAGAUAGGUGACAUCACUUGGCACGUGCAUCACUUCUACCAUAUUCUAUUGGUCAAAACAGUCAUGAGCUCACUUAGAUUCAAGAGGGGGGAAAACAGAUGCCACACUGCAAUAGGAGAAGUGUUGAAGAAUUUGCAGGGGCAAGUGUUGUGACACAAUAGAUUAAGCCAAUGUUCAGGAUGCCCUCAUCCAUUGGGCAUCCAUAGUUUGAGUCCUAGCUGUUCAGCUUUCAAUCCAAUUUCCUGCUAGUGCAUCCUGGGAGGUAGCAGAUGAUGGCUCAAGUGCAUGGGCCCCUGCCACACAUAUGGGAGACACUGAUGGAGUUCCAGACUCCUGGCUUUGGCCUGGCUUAGCCCUGGCUACUGUAGGCAUUUGGGGAAUGAACUAGCAGAUAGAAAAUCAAUCUCUUUUUUUCUCUGUCUCCUGGCCCCACACACACAUAUAGACUCCCUCCCUCCCAUGCACUGCCUUUCAAGUAUGAAAACAAACAUUUUUAAAACAAUUUCAGGCAAAUCUUAUAAAAGGGCAAGGCUGUCUCUUGUCUGUAUCUCACCAGCAUAAAAAUGCCCUUUAGCUCAAGGUCAGUGCCAUAUCUUACACCUCCCCUCUUCUCAAUUCUAAGCAUAAAGCAUGAACAAACUCUGUGUGCUAAAAUGAAAUUAACAUUUUGACCUGAGCCUCCAGCCUUCACUGUGGCUGUUCAGUUCUACGACAUUAUUCAUCCUUCCCUUUUUAUUCCCAGUCUCCUUCUCUACUCCAUUGCUAAGACCUGUCAGCUCUACUUUAAAUGUAUACUUGAAAAUCUAUCUUGAGUUACUCCUCUUCUCCCCAUUCCCACUGAAGACAGCCUGAUCAGAGAACAUCAUUCCCUGCUAAAAUAUUUUCAUUGCCAUCCCAUGCAAUUAAAGUAAAGUUCUCUAAGCUUCAAACAUGAAAAAAAAAAAUCAGUCAUCUUAUCCCCCUCACUCACUGCAGUCCAGCAGAAUUAGCCUUUCUCUUCCUCCAAUGCACAGAGCCCUUCUCACCUCCAGGACUUUGCACAUACGCCCCUUCCUCCUGGAAGCCCUUUCCACCCUUUAUACACACCCACUCAUUCUCAUCCUUCAGUUGUCACUCAAAUGCACCCUCCUUAGAAAGGCUUCUCCUGGCCGGGGCUGCGGCUCACUAGGCUAAUCCUCCGCCUGCGGCGCCAGCACCCUGGGUUCUAGUCCCGGUUGGGGCACCGGAUUCUGUCCCAGUUGCUCCUCUUCCGGUCCAGCUCUCUACUGUGGCCCGGGAGGGCAGUGGAGGAUGGCCCAGGUGCUUGGGCCCUGCACCCACAUGGGAGACCAGGAGGGGGCACCUGCCUCCUGGCUUCAGAUCGGUGCAGUGCCAGUCGUAGUGGCCAUUUGGGGGGUGAGUCAAUGGAAGGAAGACCUUUCUCUCUCUCUCUCUCACUGUCUAACUCUGCCUGUCUAAGCACCUUCUUUCCAUACACCUCUGGUCCCCGCAUACCAGUCAUAAUCUGCAAUGAUUGAGUCUUUCCAACCUGUGUCCAUUUUCUGAUGAGUAUAGGGACCUAGUUUCUCUUGCCCACUGCUCUGCCUUCUGCACCAGGAGUCCACGAUGUCCCACAGCAUGUGCUCCAUAAGCGUCCUCAUAGUGAAUGAGCCAGAGGCAAUGCUGCAUAGCUUCUGGGAGCAGAACAAAUUGAGUCCUAAUUUUAUUUACUCUUAAAAAGUAAAUUAUAGCAGUCCCCUUCACUUGUUGGUAAUCUACCAAACAACACAGGCUAUGCUUUAUAAAACAGAAUAGAAGGAAUUGAGGAAUAUUAAUGCUUUGGGAAGGGCCUCAGAGAUCAUUUAGUUUCUCAUUUUAUAAAUGAGAAAAACACAACCUAGAGAGGCUGUGGGAUUUUAGCACAGACCACAUGUGUUUCUUCAUAAUAUACUCUUUCUUAGUGUUUCUUUAAUUAAACCAUUGUCCACUGAAAAAAAAUGAAAGCUGUUUAGAAACACACCUCAUCAAGACAGAAGCUCCUCCAUUGCUAUUCCUUUCUCCAGGAGGGACUACAGCUUCUACUUUGGAGAAAAUCCUUUCAGGCCCUUCAUACAUGCUUAUAAACACAUAUUUGAAUAGUUACACAUCUGCACAUUCAUCAGAACACCUGACUGCUUGAAAAUUAGCUUAGAUUUACAAAUAGGAAAGGAGUGUCAUUCCAUGCUGCACAGUGAGAAGGAAGAAAACCCAUGGGGUGCUUGGUUGGUCAAAAAGACUCCAGAGAACUGACCACCCAAAUUAACUUUACUUUCUUUAAUCCCUUAACACCUGCUGCUGUAGGAAGUGAACUGUAAACUUUCCUGAUGAACAAGUGCUGACUGCUUUGAGAGAAAUGCUUAGACACAUAAAUAAUGCCCUAAACCUUUCAUUGCAGAGAUUCAAAACUAGAAAGCAAAAAGUUCUCAAAAGGAAAUUAGUAACAGGGAAUCAGAAAAGGGGAGGUUGGAAGAGUUCAGUAAUUAACAAUGGCAGGCCUACAGGGCCAGCACUGUGGCUUGGCCAGUAAAGCCAUCACUGUGGUGCUGGCAUCCCAUAUAGGCACAGGUUCUAGUCUUGGCUUCUCCACUUCUGAUCUAGCUCUUUGUUAUGGCCUGGGAAAGCAGUAGAGGACACUGUAAGUCCUUGGGCCCUGCACCCUCUUAGGGGACCCAGAAGAAGCUCCUAGCUCCUGGCUUUGGGUCUGCACUGCUCUGGCUAUUACAGCCAUCUGGGGAGUGAACCAGCAGAUGGGAGAUUAUCUCUCUCUCUCUCUCUGUAUCUCUGCCUUUCAAAUAAAUAAAUAAAUAUUUUCUUUAAAAAAUAAUGGCAGGUCUAUAUUCAGUCAGGCAUGUCUAAAGUCUUGAGCUCAUUGAGCCCUUAUUCCCACUUCUGCAGAACAGAGCUAACAGCAGUACUAACAUCAUAGUACCCAAUAAAUAUACAGCACUCAAGCAUGGUAGUUAUUUUAAAACAGGUGGUGAUGACCGUGCUGGGUGCUUCUAUGUUAUAUUUUACAUAUAAAAUAAGAUGAAAUAAAAACUGAACAUGGUCAUGAGAAUUCAAGAUCUUUAAGAAAUAAAAGUUGUUUAUUGUACCAGCCUCAAGAGGGCACUGGGAACAGGAAGUGAUGUAACAGAAUUUUCAUUCUAAUUUUCACUCUAACUCUAGAGCAGGGAGAGUGUAGAGAAACCCAUGUCCAGGUUAAGUCCAAAUUGGUAUAUUUGUGGAAUGUGUCUUAAAGAUAAAGCAGAGUUUGGGAUAUUAUGUUAUGUGGAAACUAACACAGAGUAGG